CUCUGAGCGGGAUGGGCGGAGUCUGAGCGGGAUGGGCGGAGCAGGCUGGGCCUCACAGGGCCCGGACACACAGUACGGCUCAGGCUGAGGCUUAGUCAUGGGGAAUGUGGUGAGCGGCGGGAGCGGAGAUGAGGAUGAGACGGGAAUGGAGCAAGAGGAGGCCGGCUCGACAGAGUCAGAUACCGCAAGGGCACCCGGGGCACCAAAUAACAAUUUACAGCCCGGAGUGCCCGGCCCGGCUCCCCCGUUGCUGCUGCCCCCGUCUCCCGGUGUCUUGCUGGAGCAGGCCCGGCUAAGGGAGGCAGCUGCUAAGCUGAGAGAGGUAGGGGCUAUGGAGUCUGUGAUUUCCCGGAACCAGAGUACCCUGCUCCGCUGGCUGGAGGAAAGGCUAAGUCGAGGGGAAGAGGUGCUGAGCCGAGAGCAGUUCAUUGAGAUGUUGGAAAGCAAAGCCAGCAGCCGUGAGGAGUGCGAAGAGGCCUUUGCACAGUUUGAUGCUGAAGGUAACGAGAUUGUGGAUUUGGAGAGCAUGCUAGAAGCCAUCAAGUCCUCUAGUGGUGCCAGUCUUCAGGGGGAGCUGAGUCAUGUGAUCCGGCAGCUGCAGGCUUGCUCUCAUACACCAGGUUUCAUUGAUAUAUUUUCAAAAUCAAAGGAACAUCUGAGUUUACAUUCUGCAAAAAUACUGGGUUUCCUGCAUCGAAACCGGAUACCCAGCACUGUGAUGCCUUACCCAAUGCUGGAGUGUUGCAAUAACAUUUGCACUAUGCGAGCUUCUGUCAUGAAGGACUAUUUAGAACGGCUGCUGAAGAAAGAAAAAGAAUGUCCUGCAAUUCCGAGUUCUGAUGAAGAAUCUUUACAGUUCAAAACCGUGACUAAGUGCUAUAGUCAGAUAGAAACAUCAUCUCAUGCCUCAGAUAUUUAUAAGAUGACAAAUGGGGAAACGUCCUCAUAUUGGCAGUCAGAUGGAAGUGCACGUUCACACUGGAUACGAUUAAAGAUGAAACCUGAUGUAGUUUUGAGACAACUGUCCAUCGCUGUGUCUGCUGCAGACCAGAGCUACAUGCCUCAGCAUGUGGGCGUUGCAGCCGGAAGGAAUCCCAGCAACCUCCAAGAGGUCCGAGAGGUUCACAUUCCCAGCCAUAUUACAGGCUAUGUGACUUUAUUGGAAAACGCUAACAUUAAUCAGAUGUACGUUCAGAUUAAUAUUAAGCGUUGCUUAAGUGAUGGGUGUGAUACCAGAAUACAUGGCCUCCGAGCUGUUGGCUAUCAGAAGGUGAAGUCUGCUGUAUCCAUAUCAGAUGCCUCUGCUAUAUGGUAUUUGUCAUUGUUAACAUCACUUGUGACAACUUCAAUGGAAACAAACUCAUCACUUGCUCAAGCUGUUCAGCAACACACACAAAAAGCUUUGCAGCAUAUGCCACCGUUGUCAUUAACACUGGGUACAACUGAGUUUCCUAAUUUUUUGUCCCCAAAUGUUUUAGAGGAAGUAAACAGCUUUUUGCUAAGGACAGCAAGCUGCUGCCCUACACCAGAAGUAAACCUUGACCUUCUAGCAUUUGCAUUGGCCAGAGGAAAUGUUGCAAAGGUCAUUACUGCUCUUGGUUCCAUCAUGGAACAUGUGGAUCUGCAGUACAAUGCAUGUAAUCUCAUCUCGUCUAUGAAAGCUGUACGAAUGAAUCUGCUGUAUAAAUAUGGAAGACCGUUACAUUUUACUCUAAUUGCGUGUGAUGUCAAGGGCAAGGAGGAGAAAUCUGGACCAGAAAACCUGUUAGUGCAGCCUUGGACUGGAGAUGGCUUCCUCACUGAGACAGGGAAAACCAGAGCUAGUGUUAUUCUUUCUUCUGAUACCGAAUCAGCCUUUCAAGUUACACAGAUGAGGAUACGAGUGAGAAGAGGCGCUAUUGGGGCCAAAUGUGGCUUGAUAUUUGCUUACAAUUCGUCUGAAAAAUUUCAUGCAGAGGAACACUUUAAGCAAUUUGAAAAAUAUGACACAUGGAAGCUGCCUGAAUUUAAACAGUUUUUAAAAGAAAGGACUAAAAAGCCUAGCAAAGAACUUGGAGAAAAUGAUCCUGUAGCUUGGUUUGAGCUGGAAGAGGAGUGGGAUGAAGUGGACAUACAAAUGCAGCAGUGCAAAACUGCUAAGUAUUGGAUGGUGAAAUUCCUUUGUGCUCGGGAAGAAACAGCAGAGCGUUUGGGAGUCCAAGGCCUUAGUUCUUUUGGAUACCAAAGGAAACUGGAUGGAGAGAGCAACGUUAAUACAAUGUGCCUACAGUGCAAAGAAGUUGCAAAAGAGAGUGUGUGUGGAAUGACUUUGGUUCUUAAAACCUUGCUUUUUAUCCAGCAACUUGCACAUGACAUGGAGAAAGAAAACCGCUCAAAACACAAACCACUCCUUGACUUUUGUGGCCUAGAUUUGCAGCUUCUUUGGCAGUUUUAUAAGAAACUGGAAGACAACCCAAGAGAAGAAUAUAUUUCCAUCAAGACUAUUGUGCUACAGUUGCUGCAGAGUUGCUCCAGUGUAAUUACUAAUAGAAAAUCAGAUCAAGAUAAAAGCAACCAUUGCCAUUGUGCUCAGGAAUUAUAUAAACAUCUCAGUGAUGCAUUGGAUAGCAUGGACAGCACAUCUUUGCCUUCAAGCAUACUUAAGCUAGAAAUUACCAACACAUUACUAAAUGGAGCUGCUAUUUUUUUUCCCGAUCGCCUGUCCCAGCGGGAUAGACUGUUCUCACUAAUGAGAAGCAUCACUGAAGAGGAACAGCCACAGUCAGCGCGCAUUACUUUUGAAUCCCUUUGUUCUUACUUCAGUGAGCAAGACCCAGGUGGACUUCUGUUAUUGCCGGAAGCAGGACUAACUGCCGAUUUUGACAUCAGUCAAGCUCUCUCUGUUAUGGACAAACUUCUUUUGAUGGCUGUAAGAGAGAGUAAGUUAUUGGUUAUGGAUGCUACCCAGGGAGAAUGUGGCUCUUUUCUUCACUCUUUAUUUUGGGCAGUGCAAGGGAGCCUCUUUUCCUGGUGUUACUCUCAGUUAAAAGGGGAUGACCAAGUUGCCCAGGUUAAAGCUAGAGAAUUGCUUGUUCAAUAUGUUGAUCUUUUUCUUUUAAACAUUAAAAAUAUUUUGGAAUCUUUGCUUGGCAAAUGCAGUGGAAAGGAAAUAACAGAAAAAUUAGGCAGUUCUGUCUUUGCUAUGGCUACAAGACAACUGAUGACCUUCAUGCUGGAGUACUGUUCUCUUGAUAUACCGCACUGUUCUUUACUGCAAAGCUUCAGUACCCUUACCGAACUUUUAAAGAGACUAUGUGGCAAUCUUGGAGAGAGUACAUGCAAGGCAGAGAUGGAAAGUUGGAACUUGGUCCAGCAGCCAGUGGUGCUGCAGACAUGGAACAUGGAGUCCCCACACAAUUAUGAGAACAACUGUCGUGAUAUAACAGUCUUCAUGUGCCCUGGGGCAACCUAUUUUGAGGUGGAAUUUGAUGAAAAAUGUGAAACAGAAAGGAGAUACGAUUACUUAGAAUUCACUGAUGCCAGAGGUGGUAAAGUUCGAUAUGAUCAUAAAGUGGGCAGUGAUCAAUGGCCAAAGAAAGUAACAUUUAAAGCAGGCCCACAACUGCAGUUCUUGUUCUUCUCGGACAGCAGCAAUAACGAAUGGGGAUAUAAAUUCACAGUUACAGCCUACGGCCUACCAGACAUACCCCUCUUAUGGAGUUCAGACUUACAGCUACUUGUAGCUAAGUUAAUGGGGCGACUGGCUUCCAGAUCGUUGUCCUUAAAAAACAUGUGUGAGCUGGGCUCUGUGGCAGAGUUACCUUCUGCAAAGGUAACAUCCAUUAUCAGUUCUCCAUUGUGGAAGCCAGUCUUCCGACAUCAGAUGGUCACCGACAAUGAUUUAAAGGCAGAACUGAGAACUCUGAACCAAGUGAAUAAAGAGACUAAGAACUCUCAUGCAGAUGACUGUCGUAACUUUCUCCUUGACUUUGCAAACUCAGAUCCUACCCAGGAUUUCUGUGGCCCUAACUCUGAGCUUUUCAAAGGACUAACGCAGGCGUUUCUGAAACAACCGCCAAAGAGUGAUAUAGUGGCUGGUUCCGUGAUUGAUCAAGCUGUGAACUGCACCUUUGCUGCUAUGGUAUAUGUAACCCCACAACUGCAUAAAAAACUUCAGAGAUAUGUGCUUAGUGGAGGAAAUAUUCCUUUAUGUGAAGAGUUUGCACAGGUAUAUGCACUGGCAGAAGGAAUUAGAAUGUGGAUGUUAGAAAUGAAGCAGAAAUCUCUACAGACCAUGGGAAAUGACAAGCAUAGCCAGGAUGUAACAGAAACAAACCCGCAGAUUUUAGCAAAGCAAUGUAUAGAAAAAAGCUUAAUGCUGCUGAAGUUUUCACCAGUUGGAUCUACAGCAUUUCUUGACAGCAGACACUCAAUAGAGGAUGCUCAUAUUUUACACUGUAAAGAAAGAAGAAAAAGUUCACUUGUUGAAGCAGAUUUUCAUGCUGCAAGUGCCUCUCCAGAAACCACACAUCCACCCUUCUUGGGGAAGAUUCAAGUGCCUGACUCAGAACCUGCAAAAACACAGGAAUCACACUAUGAGACCCCAUCAGUGGUUCAAGAUAAAAAUCCUGAAAAAGUAGAAGAACAUAUAUCUCCUCCACCCACUCCAUCACGUAAAGCACCCUUUAGCCGUGCAAGAUUGCGACUGCUGUCUUUUCGCUCAGUAGAGGAAACCAGGCUAGCUCUGACUGUGAAAGAAAAAUAUCCAAUUCUGAGGAGCAUUUUGGACUUUGUUAAGGAUCCCACAGUUUCCCAUGAAAGUAUUCUGCAGGUCCUUGCCCUACGGAAGGCUCAAGCUGAGAGCAUCUUAAAAGUGCUAAAGGUUGUUCAAGAUUGUGUGCAGACUCUGGGCCAGCCACAUUUCUUCAAUCCACCUUGUAUUAUAUUCAUUUUGGAGCUGCUCUCUUGCCAAAUAGAUUUCACAAACUAUUUUGGACAAAUAGAAGGUUGUGGUGGUGAGCUGCAUAGAGCAGUUAGAGAAUCUUACUAUCGAUUUGUUUUAUUAAUUAUUAAUGCAGUAAAGAGCUUCAGCAGCCUCAAUGAAAGAUCAUUGCUUCCUGCCUUGUCAUGUGUGCAGACAGUUCUCUUGCACAUGCUGGAUAUGAGCUGGGAACCAGAGGAUCUAUUAUUCUUUCUCAAUAUAGACCUUCCAGGACUUCUGUUAUCAAUGUCGCAAGAAAAUAUAAGUUCCCAUAAUUGCAUCGUCAGUUCAUGGGAUGAAGAAGACGAAAGAGCAGAUUACCGUCAAAAUUUAUCGUGGCUGAAAGAAUGCAAAGAUGGCAUGUUUGAAACAUGGUAUGAGACUAUUGGUCAAGCUGAUCCAGAUAUUAAAAGGAAGAUGCACAUGUUCAUAGCAAGAUACUGUGACCUGCUGAAUAUAGAAAUCUCUUGCGAUGGAUGUGAUAAAAUUGCACCAUGGAACCGCUACCGAUGUCUACAGUGUAAUGACAUGGAUCUCUGCAAAACCUGCUUUUUAGGAGGAAUGAAACCUGAGGGUCAUGAAGAUGAUCAUGAAAUGGUUAAUAUGGAAUAUGCAUGUGAUUACUGCCAGGGACUUAUUAUAGGUCACAGAAUCAACUGCAAUGUUUGUGAUGACUUUGACCUCUGCUAUGGAUGUUAUGUGGCAAUGAGAUACUCUGAAAGUCAUUUGCCAACUCACAGCAUCACAAUUUAUCCAAUGGUAACUAGCAGAAUACGUGAUCAUCAGAAGCUAAUUCAGCCGUAUAUACACAACUAUUCCUGGCUUCUAUUUACUGCUCUGGCUCUGUAUUGUUCUGAUUUGGCAAGUGAAGGAGAAAUAGAAGGGGAAAAGCUUGAUUCCAAUGUUGUAUCCAGUGCUCGACUCCUACAAGCAAAUUGCACUGAUCUAGUUGCCAACUGUUUGAUGAAAACACAAAAAGGAAAAGGACUUAGAAUGUCUUCUUUACUUUCUGUGUGGAGCAACAGCAAAUCCUUUUCUGAACGUAAAACUUCUUCGAACAAACCGGAAGGAUUUAACCAGAGUGACCUGCCUAGCAAUAAAACUGAUGAAUCCAAGGCAGAUUUAAUGCUAGACAAGGUUAAAGAAGUAUCUGAUAAAGAUAUGAGAGAUAAAGUCUUGUCUGCUAAAGAAGUUCAAGAAGUUGAGGAGAACCCUGCAGGGAAUCCUACAGAGAUGUUCUUAUUUACCGGGGAUUUAACCAGGAAACAUAUAGUCAACAAGCCACUUAUCCCAAGUACAGAUGAAGUAUUUUCUGAAUGCUCCCAAGAAAGAAUUUUAGGUCUCAUAGCAGCCAUGUUGCCUCCCCUGAAAUCGGGUUCCCCGGUGUGUAUAAUAAAUUUACAGCAUGUACUCCCACUGAUGUUCCAGGUCGUUAUAUCCAAUGCUGGACAUUUAAACAAGUCUUACCAUUUAACCUUGGGUCUGCUGGGACAGCUAAUCCUUAGACUGCCACCAGCUGAUGUUGAUGUUGCUGUUAACAAAGUUCUAUCUUCCAAGUGCGACAUACAAGCUACUUUUGAUGGUAGCACAAUGCCAGAAGGCUGGAUUACUACCCAGCUGCUGUUUACUUUAGGAGCUUUGUGUCUGGACAGUAAAGUAGGUCUUGACUGGGCUUGUACAGUGGCUGAUAUUUUAAGGGAAUUAAAUGAUUCUCCCCAGUGGCAUGAAGUGAUCACCUCAUUUGCAGACCAUUGUAUAAAAGAGCUCCCACAGCAGCUGAAAAACACAAAUAUCUUUACAUUGCUGGUCUUGGUUGGAUUUCCAGAGGUUUUAUGUAUGGGAACAAAAUCUGUGUAUAUAGAUAAUGCCAAAGAACCGCAUGAUGUUGUUAUAUUGAAACAUUUUACUGAGAAAAAUCGAGCUGUGGUUGUUGAUGUUAAAACACGAAAGCGGAAAACAGUGAAAGAUAACCAGCUAAUACACCAAAGUGACUCUGAAACUCAAGGUUUGCAAGAACAACUAAAGAAGUAUCUUCAACACUUUGCAUGCAUAACAAGUAACUUAAUAAAAUCAAGCUUGAAGAACAGCAGUGCAGAAGCAGUAGAAGCUACUUGGGUGCUAUCGUUGUGUCUCAAAGGAUUAUAUAAAACAAUCAAGAAUCACUGUUUUGAAGAGCUCCAGACAGCCUUUAUAAAUUCUGGGUUGUUGAAGUUAUUGGUGAAAAAAUGCAGCAAAGGAACUGGCUUCAGUAAAACCUGGUUGCUUUGUGACCUGGAGGUCUUAUCUAUUAUGCUGUAUUCCUCAAAGAAAGAGAUGAGCACUGUGUCUGAAAAAGAUGACUCUGGGUCAGAGAAGCAAGACCAGGUUCAUGAUUUGUAUCCAUCUGAUGAUAGCAUUAUCAGUUUGGAUCAGGCCAAAUCUGAUCCUUUGGAAGGUCUGGAUGAAGCUACCAAAAUAUGUUUCCAGGUAAUUCAAGAUGCCCUCAAUGCUCCUUUGCAUAUCCUUCGGGCAAUAUAUGAAAUGGAGAUGAAAAGUACAGAAUCUCUUCUCCAAGAAGUUCAUAAAAGAUUUGAUGAAAAAACAGGUGCAAUAGAUGAGAACGUGAAGAAGAUGGCACAAAAAUGGCAAACCUGUAAGCCAGGAAAAUCAGAAGAACAAUCUCUGAAGGCAGUUGACACAGAUAUGAUUAUCCAGCCCUGCAAGCUAAAGCCUGUGCAAUGUGAAAAAGCAACAGAGGAGUCCAACCCAGUGAGCCAGAAGCUUAUUGUAACCAGUGAGAGUGACCUUCAGCAUAGUUUUGGCAAACAACGCCGUGCCAAAAGCUCUGUCCUUCUCCGCAAGGAGCUGGACUCUCGAAGUAAAAUUGCUGUGCGUGACUAUUUGUACCAUGUUAAUGAAGCCACAGCUGUUCUUUAUGCACGCCAUGUUUUGGCAUCCCUACUAGCUGAAUGGCCUUAUGGAAUUACAUUGAAUGAGGAAAUCAUGGAGCUUAGUGGACCUGCUCACAUUACGUACAUUUUAAAUAUGCUUAUGCAUCUUGAAGAAAAGCAACUCUGGGAGAAGAUCUUACAGAAAGUUCUUGGUGGCUGUAGUGGAAGUAUGUUGGAAACGGUAGCACUUACAGCUUGCCAGUUCAUGGAAGAGCCUGGGACAGCCAUUCAAGUGAGAGAAUCCAAGCAUCCUUACAACAACAACACUAUUUUUGAGGACAAAGUUCAUAUUCCUGGGGCAAUUUAUCUCUCUAUCAAGUUUGACCCACUGUGUAACACAGAGGAGGGCUGUGAUGAGUUGGUCAUCUCCACUUCAUCAGACUUAAAACAAGACCAGCAUAGAUUCAGUGGACCUCCGAAGAAAUGGAUAGAUUUUGAACUUCCAGGAGACACACUGUAUUAUCGAUUUACAUCUGACAUGAGUUGUACUGAAUGGGGUUAUAAAUUCACUGUGGCUGCAGGACACCGUGGUCGAUUUCAGACAGGGUUUGAAAUUUUAAAGCAGAUGCUUUCUGAUCAGAGAGUUGUACUGCAUCUUCCUCUCUCUGUGAUCUGGGACUGGCAAGUUGGGGUAGCAUGUCGGCAAACUGGCCAUCAAAGAUUAAAAGCAAUCCACUUGCUGCUGAAGAUUUUAAAGCUUAGCCCUGGAAGGGACUGUGAUCUCAAACUGUUGAGGCCACUCUGGCCUCUUUUCACUGGCAUGGAGAAAAUGAUUUAUCAAGAUACAGGGAAUAAUGGAGUCCUUCUUCCUUUGCACCGUGCACUCACUGAGCUUUUUUUCAUAGCAGAGAAUCUAGCCAAUGAAUCUGGAUGUCUGCAGGAGUAUCUUUUGGCUUUAACCACAGAGGAAGAAAUUAGCCAUUACACAGCACAGGCACUGAACAGCAUUGCAGCUAUAAGUUUUGCCAUUAACUACCCAAACAAAUCAACAAGUGUCUGGACUGCUUAAUACUUCCCAGAGUAUGCCUUUUUAGAGCCUGGGGGAAAAUGUGGCUUCACACCUUGCUAUAUGUUCAACCCCGUGGAAUGGCAAAACAUGAGGACUCCUAUCAAUGUGAUACACGGCUCUUGCACACAGACAUCAGGCAUAAUAACACUCCUGUGUGCAGUUUGAGAAACACCAGUCUAUCAGAGCAAAAGGGAGGUUUUCAAUAACAUAAGGAGCUGUAUGAAUGCUGAUCUAUGUCUUUCAUUUAAGAUGAAUUAUUGGACUGAGGCUGGUAGCUCUGGUUGUAACUGGAAUGCUAUUCUGGACUUUGUGCAAGUCCUGAAGUCCCUAUAAUUUAUAUAAGCCUAUUACAAGUUUGCCAAUAAUAUCAAUGUUAUUGUUUGCCAUACAGGGGCAUCUUAAUUUGAUUAGUUAUAUCCGCUGUUUAUUUUAUAUAAAAAGUUUCUAGCAAAUGUUCAGGGAAAAAAAAUCUUAAUUUUCUGUAAUUUGUAAAGAAUGCACGUAUUUUAUGAGGCUGUUGUUAUGGCUUCUAGAGAAGAUGAUACACUGGAUAAGAGAAAGUUCCAAGCAGCAGGAUAUGUUUGGGCAUUUUGUACAGUUGCAUAUAAGAAGGACAGACAUAACCUGUGUAGCUAUAUAGUUGAUAAAACUCUACUAAUCACAGCAACUAUCAUAUGUGGUCAAGAGAUUCUCACUUUGUAGAUAAAUAUUUUAUUUUUUAAUUCUGGCAACUUUUGAAAGCAUUACUUUAAAGCCAGUAUAGCAAGCCCCCCCCCCCCAAAUAAUAAUAAAUGUCUCAUUCCUAAACACUGCAGCAUCAGUGGUCUCAGGAGGUGAAGAGGAAAUUAGGCAACAGAUAUUCAUGAGAAUCCAUGAGAAUUUUUAUUUCUUCUGAUUCACAUUUUAUACUUAUAUGGCUACACAUACCAUUAACUCAUUUAAACCACUUAUCAUUAAGGUUCCAGUUCCUGUGUUCAUGCAAGGCAGGGUAUGGGGGACAGUAACACCAAAAGUUAAAGGGGUUUGUAUGCCUUUAAUUAUAUUUAAUUGUAACCCUGCUGCAGAAGCUUUAAUAUAGUUAAUACAAACAAGUUUCUGCAUAGCUGUAAGGACUGCUUUAUGGGGUCCAGUAGUUUUAUUAUAUGGAAAUAAAUGGGUCAUUCCUGUCACUGGGCAAUACAAAGUUCCAGUUGCUGGUACCCUGCAGGAUGACCUCUCUCAUAUAAAACAGUGAUGUUUCCAAGAAAUCUUUUAUUUGCACGUGCUGGAUAAAAAGCCUUUUAAUUUAAAUAAAAGUCUCUUGGUGGUGUUACUGGCCCUUAAAGUAUUUGUAAAUGAGUAUUUCUGGUUUUGAUCCCUGUGAGGGAAGCUGAAAGAAUAUUGGGGCAAAUCUAAUAGAUUAGAAUUUAUGAUGUUUUUUUGCAUUCAUGUAGAAUUUUGACAUUUUUUUCCAGUGGCAUCAACUAAUUAAUUUCCCCAAUAGUGUUUUGAUCAGAGAAAGGAAUUAUGAAAUAAAGGUAGUUUUAAGAAGAA